CUACUGUAGCAAAACUGUUAUAUGUCAACUGUCGUUUGCGGUGUAUUUGUUGUAAAUAAAUUAAAGUAAAAAUUAAUUGAAUUUGUUGGAAAUAAUAAAAAAUAACAUUUAUCAAUGCAUAAGGCGAAAAAGAAAACUGCAAAGUUGCCUAAACCAAUAAAGGUAAAGAAGGAGAAGAGUGAUGAGGAUCGUUUACCACAACCCAUGUCGCACUACAUUGACGACAGACUGGAAAUGGUUAAACAAAUUUUUGGUUCGCUCAAACCAAAAACUAUUAUAAAUUUAGCUCCAGAAUUCUUAAAGACUCAAGGAUUGGAAGAAAUCGAAGAGGCUUGUUUAAAUGAAUUGCUGUGCAUAUCAACCAAACGUUUGAAGUCCAUUAUAACUGCUACUAAAUGUCCCACGGAUACUGAAUCCUCAGAGGAUGAUGAUGUUCAAAGGCAUGAAGAACACGUUUCAUUAGAAGAAAUUUCAUCCGAUAGCGAAAUAGAAGGUGGCACAUCCAAGAAAGAUUUUCUAUUCGCAGGCAAGAGGAAGAAGCCCAAAGCUGAUGGGGUGGAUAAAAAUAAAUUAGUUGCCAAAAAUGAUACGCCAAAAACUACGGAGCCUAAUGCAGAGGAUGGGCAGAUAAGCGUUUUGGAAUUACUUGAGCUUCAAGCAAGGGCCAGGGCUAUACGUUCUCAAUUAGCCUUAGAACCGGUUACUAAAAUUGAGGUUGACUCUGAUGAUGAAGGUGAAAAUGGCAAACAUUCCAAAAAAGAUAAAAGCAGCAGCAAAACUGAACGAAAGCGCACAUCAAGCGCAAGGGAAUCACAGGAUUCAUCGAAUCCAGCAGCAAAACCAAUUGAUAAUGAGUCUGAAAUGCGUAAAACAAAAAAAGUCAAACUUAAACGAAAUUAUCGCAACUCAUCGACGCAGAACAAAAAUGAAGAACGAACAAGGGAUGGUGGCGAAUGUAAUGAUAACCAUGUUCGAAAUGAUAGUUCUGCCGAAAAACCUCGGAGUCAAGAAAAAGACAUUGGUUUUAGAUCGGAGCAAAAAAAUGCGGGUGAAAAUAUUAAAAGGGAAAAAUCUAGCCGUUCACCAUCUCCAGAUGUUAUACCCAUUGUUGCUGAACCGGAAACAUUAUUAAUAAAUGAUUCUUCGGAAGAGGAUAUGGGAAAUGGAGUUGAAUCAAAACAACAUGUUGAAGUGGUACAAGUGAACAAAGAAACUUCGACGGAAGUAGCAAGAGAUCGGAAGAAAUCAGAAACCGAGGAAGGAGAGUUAAAUGAUGACGAUAACGUAAAGUCCACUCAAAACCCCCAGGCAUUAGAUAAAUGUAAAGACACAAAGAAAACAGUGGAUCUAAGAGAGAUUUUAGUGGAUAAUAGGAAUAAAGUUGGUAAAUUAGUUUCAGAUGAAAAAAAGUCAGAAAAUAUGAACUCUGAAGCUAUUGUGGAUAAUUCUAAUACUUCUGCGAGCACAAACAUGACUAUGCUUGAGGAGGAGGAAGAUGACCAGAAUGAUGAUAUCAUAUCACUAGGUGAAGACUUAGAAGACGAAAUGGACGAACAGUUAGAAAGUGAAGUCAGCACCAAACAAUCAUCAUUUGUUACAGAUGGUACAGAGAAUAAUUCUGCAGAACAAGGCAAGAAAUCAAAAAAGAAAAAGUAUGGCGAUGACAAUCGUAGCGAAGAUAAUCAGUCAUGGCAUUCGCGGUAUAUGAAGAGCUCUAAAGUUAGUAAGGUUCUCGCAGCUUCACGGUUGGGAAAACGUGUGCGAGACAAAAUUAAAAAGUCCAAGGAAGCAUCCCGGGAGGAUUCGGAUAAGCCAGAAAAACAAGAAGAAAUAUUCACAUCAAAACAUGAAGAUGGUUCACUGGAACAGUAUAAAGAACUAUUGGAGUUGCGUCAACGCAAACCAAAGUAGGAUACUAUUAUAUGUUUCUAAAUAUGUUGUGCUUUUAUGUUGAAUAAAACACUUUAGUUCUAAUAACUAAUUAAAUGAAAUGAUUUAUUAUCGCUUAA